GGGUUAUAAGUUUGUGGAUUAUUACUUCCAUGACAGAAAGAAGAUCACCAUCAGCGAUGUGCAGCAGAAGAUGUUGUCUAUGCCACCGUGUCCAGAUAGAUUGAAGAUGACUGUCUUGUUUUUUCUUGGUCGGGUUAUCAGAGGAAAGCCGAAGGAUUCUGGACAUUUAGACCUCUUCAUAUUAAGGAUGAUUGACGAUUUAGAUGCUUGCAGAUCAUUUCCCUGGGGUCGUCUAACAUUUGAGGAUGCAAUAAAGGAGAUUAAGCACGUGAUGAACAAUCUGAAGGGUGAAGUGAAAGAGGCAUGCGCCUUUCCUGGAUUCAUAAUCCCUUUAGAGGUUUUGGCUUUUGAGUGUACUCCGGAUUUGGAGAAAACGUUUAGAAUCUAUUCAGACGACUGUAGUGAAGACUGUCCAAGGAUGUGCAAGAGCCGAUUUACAAAGUCCAGUCUUAAGGGUUAUCCUUUGGAAGACAUAUAUGCUGUAGUUGGAGACACAUAG